GAAUUGAUCCUAACAAAGAAUUUAUCACUGACCCAUGGCCAGAUCCUGUGACCUGAUAUAAAAGACAAAGGUUGCACCCUAUUCUUUAGUCACCCAUCUCUGUGUACUCCUGGGAACAAGCUUCAUUCAGUACUAUGGGCACUGGCCUGGGAUCAGCCUGGCUCCUGGGAGACCUCUCCAGCCUCCUAAAGACCUCACUUCUGUUGGGCUUGGUCCUACUGCUGCUGAAGGGAUCCCAGUUGUAUUGGCGGAGACAGAGGCUGCUUAGAACCUUCCAGAGCUUCCCAAGUCCUCCUGCCCACUGGUUCUAUGGGCACCUCCUGGAGUUUCAGAACAAAGAAGAAUUAAAGGUGACAAUAUCUUGGGUGCAGAAAUUCCCCUCUGCUUUUACCCGCUGGUUCUCCGGGUUCAUGGCGUUACUCCAAGUCUAUGAUCCUGACUACAUGAAAGUUCUGCUGGGCAGAUCAGAUCCCAAAGCUAACGAAAUCUACAGAUUCUUGGUCCCCUGGAUCGGGGAAGGGCUAUUGAUCCUGAACGGACCAGUGUGGUUCCAGCACCGGCGGUUGCUCACACCUGCCUUCCAUUAUGACAUUCUGAAGCCUUAUGUGGCGCUGAUGGCUGACUCUGUCCGAGUGAUGCUGAAUAAAUGGGAGAAGCUCAGUAACCAGGGCUCGAGCCUGGAGGUCUUUGAGCACGUCAGCCUGAUGACCCUGGACACACUCAUGAAAUGUGCCUUCAGCCACCAGAGCAACUGCCAGAUAGAGAGGAACGCUGAUGACUACAUCCGAGCCGUGCGGGAGCAGGGGAACCUGAUGUUUGAGCGGGUUCGGUACAGCCUCUAUCACAACGACCUCAUCUACUGGUUCAGUCCCCAGGGCUACCAAUCUCGCCAGUCUGCUCGUUGGGCCCAUGAGUACACAGACAAGGUGAUUAGGAAGAGGAAGCAGCACCUCCAUGAAGAAGGAGGCUUGGAGGCCGUCUUGAAGAAAAGACACUUGGAUUUCGUGGACAUCCUUCUCUGUGCCAAGACAGAGAAUGGCGACACCUUGUCGGACAAGGAGGUGAGGGCUGAGGUGGACACUUUCAUGUUUGAGGGGCACGACACCACCGCCAGUGGCAUCUCCUGGCUUUUCUAUUCUAUGGCCAUGAACCCCGAGCACCAGCAGAAAUGCCGGGAGGAGCUCAGGGGCAUCCUUGGAGACGGGACAUCAAUCAGCUGGGAGCACCUGAGCCAGAUGCCAUACACCACCAUGUGCAUCAAGGAAUCCCUCCGCCUCUAUCCUCCGGUCCCAGUCAUCUCCAGGAGGCUCAGCAAGCCCCUCACCUUCCCCGAUGGUCGUUCCUUACCUGCAGGAGCAAUGGUCUCUCUCAACAUAUACGCCCUUCACCACAAUCCCAGCGUGUGGCCGGAGCCAGAGGUGUUCGAUCCUCUCCGAUUCUCCCCAGAGAACUCUGCCUUCCGCCACACCCACUCCUUCCUUCCCUUUUCUGCUGGUUCCAGGAAUUGCAUCGGGCAGCAGUUUGCCAUGAUCGAGAUGAAGGUGGCUAUGUCUCUGACCCUGCUCCACUUCCACCUGGCCCCUGAUGACGCUCAGCCUCCAGAGUGCUUCCCCAGGGUGGUCCUCAGAUCCAAGACCGGGAUCCACCUGAAGCUGACGAGGCUCUGAGGAUGCCACCCUGAAGGAGGAAGAUGGCCGUCCUUCUCCUAAUCCCGCCCCUCGCCCCUCCCCCUCCCCUUCUCAACCUCUCUCCUCCCAUUCCCUCCUCCACUUCCUCCUCCACUCCCUCCCCUCUCUCCUCCCCUCCCCCAUUCCCUUGCCCCUCUCCCCAACCUUGACCUAGCCAGCCAGCCCUGCCCUGGCUCAGCUGGGGCUGGGGGGGUGUGUUUGUGUACCUAUCCUCCGCCCCACCUCCAUCCUCCUCUGUUUACCCACAAAUACUUUUAUCUGUAAUAAAAAUUCAAUCACCGGA